UACGCUCCUCCGUCGUUUUCUUACGUUCUGACGUCACACAUCUGUGUGCUUCUGGACUCGGCUGGAGAAGAUGGCGGCCUCCUCAGGAGUUAAAGUUCCACGCAAUUUUCGUUUGUUGGAAGAGCUGGAAGAAGGCCAGAAGGGCGAAGGUGAUGGCACGGUCAGCUGGGGCCUGGAGGAUGACGACGACAUGACCCUCACGCGGUGGACGGGCAUGAUCAUCGGACCAGCACGAACCAACUAUGAGAACAGAAUAUACAGCCUGAAAGUGGAAUGUGGACCUAGAUACCCCGAGACAGCCCCCACUGUUAGAUUUGUUACAAAAAUUAGCAUGAAUGGGAUAAAUAAUUCCAACGGAAUGGUGGAUUCUCGUAGCAUACCAAUAUUAGCAAAGUGGCAGAAUUCAUAUAGCAUUAAAAUUGUUCUUCAAGAGCUGAGGCGUCUAAUGAUGUCCAAAGAAAACAUGAAGCUUCCACAACCGCCAGAAGGACAGAUUUUCAGCACCUAAUCGGAACGGAUUUGUCGACCCUCUGUCUUAAAUAAAUAUUGUGCAAAAUCAUCCAGAGGCUCAACGUCACACAUCAGAAGUUUCGUCUACAGGAGCAAAGAUCGGACCCUCCUAUUAUCAAGCUCACAGAAAAGAGAAGCAAUCCCCGCAGUUUAGCACUGAAUAGUCCCGACUACAGAACCACAGUCGAUCCGCUGAACCAGUUUGAUUUUUGACCUGUUUCCGCUUGAGUUGGCUUAAAGAGGGAAGCAUGAUGCAGCACAAGUUGUACAGUGUUCCAAUAGUUUUAGGUUUCGAUGACUAAUCACUGAAGUAAACAGCAAGGUCCGUGGGGGUGGGGGUGGGGGGUGGCAUGUCCUGUAACUAAAACUUAGUCAGAGAGAAGUUCUUUGUGAAUUGUUAGAAAAUUUAGCGGUUUCAUCAAAUUAUCAUGCAGAUUGCUAAAUACUAAACUGUGGCUGUAGUCUAAAAGUAGUGUCACAAAGUACUUUUUUUUUAAAUAAAUAUAAAUAAAUAUAUAUCUGUUCAUGACACCAUACCAGUACCUUUCUGUUCUGCAGCUCUUUGACAUGUAACAGACCUUGAAGCCUGUUCUAUUCUGAAACCCUUGCAUUUAACUUCUAGUGAAAAUGAAAAGUGUAUGAGAUUGUGAUUUUUUUUUCCAAAUUAAAAUCACUGUCUGCAACAAAAAGAAAAAAAAAAUCCACC